AUAUAUGACCAAAUAAAAAAUUCCAACAUUCUGACUUUAGUUUUGUUCCAUCAAUGUGUUUCUUCCUUAAACAAUAUAUAUAUAUAAAAAACUGUAUGUAUGUAUGUAUAGGGUUUAUUGAAAAAUUGUGAGAUGGGAAAGAAGAAACAUUUGGAUUGGACAAGCAGAUCAAUCAUGUCAUCUGGAGGUGAUUCUAGAGCUCCUUUAAUCAGCAAAAAUGUAAAGAGAAAUGACAAUGAAACCGGUUCAUCUGAUACUCCAGCAAAUGAUCUCGAGUAUGGAGAUGCUGUACAGGCAGCAAAUGUUGGAUUCUCCAGGGUUCUACUUUUGGCAAAGCCUGAUGCAGGGACGCUCAUCGUGGCAACGGUUGCAUUAUUGAUCGCUUCCACAUCCAGUCUGCUCAUCCCAUCAUUUGGUGGGAAGAUCAUUGAUAUUGUAUCAAGAGAUAUAAGGACUCCAGAAGAGCAAAGUGAAGCUCUGAGCGCCGUCAAGGAUACUAUUUUAGCCGUCGUGUUGGUGGUGGUUGUUGGUUCUUUGUCAACAGCAAUCAGAGCAUGGCUGUUUUCUUCUGCAAGUGAGCGGGUUGUUGCUCGUUUAAGAAAGGAAUUGUUUGGCCAUCUUAUGCAGCAGGAAAUAGCAUUCUAUGAUGUUACUCGAACAGGGGAAUUACUUAGCAGACUUUCUGAAGACACCCAAAUAAUUAAGAAUGCGGCAACCACUAAUCUCUCUGAGGCACUACGAAAUGUGACUACUGCAUUUAUUGGUCUUGGCUUUAUGUUUUCGUCCUCCUGGAAGUUAACACUGCUGGCUCUUAUUGUUGUACCAGUAAUAUCCGUAGCCGUACGCUAUUUUGGAAGGUAUCUUCGAGAACUAUCACAUGCAACACAAGCUGCAGCCGCAGUUGCUGCCUCAAUUGCAGAGGAAUCUUUUGGGGCUAUUCGAACAGUGAGAUCGUUUGCACAAGAAUCUUAUGCUAUCUCAACCUACUCUGAAAAGGUUGAUGAGACGUUAAAACUCGGGCUCCGACAAGCGAAACUCACGGGUGUUUUUUCUGGUGGUAUGAGUGGAGCCUCAACUUUGUCUGUUAUUACAGUUGUGAUAUAUGGAGCUUAUUUAACUAUAAUAGGCUCCAUGACUGCUGGUUCUUUAACGUCCUUCAUUCUCUACAGUCUUACUGUCGGUUCUUCGAUAUCUUCAUUAUCGGGAUUAUAUACAACCGCCAUGAAAGCUGCAGGUGCAAGUAGGAGAGUUUUUCAGCUUCUAGAUCGUGUGUCAAGCAUGGCAAAAGCGGGAAACCAGUGCCCUGUGGGUGAUCCGGAUGGUGAUGUUGAACUAGAUGAUGUUUGGUUUGCUUACCCGUCUCGUCCCAACCAUAUGGUACUUAAGGGGAUAACGUUAAAACUAAGACCUGGUUCGAAAGUAGCACUCGUUGGUCCAAGUGGUGGUGGAAAGACCACCAUAGCAAAUUUGAUCGAAAGAUUUUAUGACCCAGUGAAUGGAAAGGUUUUGCUAAAUGGGGUUUCUUUACCUGAUAUAUCACACGAGUUUCUACACAAAAAGGUGAGUAUCGUGAGCCAAGAGCCUGUUUUGUUCAACUGUUCUAUAGAAGAUAACAUUGCAUAUGGGUUUGAUGGCAAAGCCAGCACUUCUGAUAUAGAGAAUGUUGCUAAAAUGGCCAAUGCCCACGAUUUUAUAUCUUCAUUUCCAGAAAAAUAUCAAACUGUUGUAGGAGAACGUGGGUUGAGGUUAUCGGGAGGUCAAAAACAACGAAUAGCUAUCGCUAGGGCACUCUUGAUGAACCCCAGAGUUUUGCUAUUGGAUGAAGCCACUAGUGCUUUAGAUGCUGAAAGUGAAUAUCUUGUUCAGGACGCAAUGGAUUCUCUAAUGCAAGGAAGAACAGUUCUAGUGAUAGCACACAGGCUGUCGACUGUAAAGAGUGCAGACACUGUAGCUGUGAUAUCUGAUGGCCAGAUUGCAGAAAGUGGAAAUCAUGAUGAACUUCUUAACAUGGAUGGAAUUUACACUGCACUUGUAAGGAGGCAAUUACAAGUUCCACAAAAUGUGGACUCGUAGUUUUGAUAAUCAGAAUGUAACCCUAUUGGAAGGGUAAGAGCUAUGAAUUGAGUUUUUUUACAUGAAAUGUACUAGUGCUCAUUGUAACCUUCUUAUUUCACACUUUCACACUACACAUGUACACCAUACACAAAGAUCAUAUACACAUAUGAUGAGAACAAUAUCUGUAUUAUAGGGGUUUGUAUAAUACUCAAUUGGAAGAUUGAUCCAAA